AAUUUUCCCCACAAUACGUCAAAACAGUAAGUAUAUAACAUACAGGAAAGCAGCACUCCACUGGCAACUUGAAUUCAAACCCAAAGCUGAAAGCCAAUGAAGAUUGUAAAUCCAAGUUCAGCAUUCACCAAAACUGCUUUGAAAAGUCACUUCUCAACGAACUCCAACCUCACAAUAUGGUUCAACAAAUACUUAGACAAAUCCAGCGUCUUCUCUUGGAACUCAAUCAUCGCCGACUUAGCUCGCGCUGGCGACUCUACCCAAGCUCUCAAAGCCUUCCAUUCAAUGCGCAAGCUUUCUCUUAAACCGAACCGAUCCACUUUCCCUUGCACUAUCAAGGCUUGCUCCGCUUUGCUUGAUCUUUAUUCCGGAAAACAAACCCAUCAACAAGCUUUAAUCUUUGGCUAUCACUCUGACCUCUUUGUAUCCUCAGCUCUCAUUGAUAUGUACUCAAAAUGUGGCCAACUCAGAGAUGCCCGAAUCUUAUUUGAUCAAAUUCCUCAACCAAAUAUCGUGUCUUGGACUUCUAUGAUUACAGGAUAUGUCCAGAACAAUAAUCCCUGUCAAGCUUUGUUGCUUUUCAAGGAAUUGUUGAUUCAGGAAAGUGAAAAUGAUAGAGAUGUUGCAAACGAACCCGUUUUUAUUGAUUCAGUAGCUAUUGUUUCUGUCCUUUCGGCUUGUUCUCGUGUUCCUAUAAAAGGAGCAAGUGAAGGGGUUCAUGGAAUGGUCAUAAAGAAGGGUUUUGAUGGAGAAGUGGGUGUUGGAAAUACAUUGCUGGAUGCAUAUGCUAAAAGAGGGGAUGUGGCUCUGUCUAGGAAAGUGUUUGAUGCGAUGGUUGAGAAGGAUGAGGUUUCUUGGAAUUCUAUGAUUUCUGUUUAUGCACAAAAUGGAUUGUCUAAUGAGGCUUUGGAGGCUUUCUAUGGGAUGGUAAGGGAUAAUAAUGUCAAUUACAAUGUCAUUACACUUUCUUCUGUGCUGUUAGCUUGUGCUCAUUCUGGUGCUUUGCAAGUCGGCAAGUGUGUGCAUGACCAGGUUAUAAAGAUGGAUUUGGAGAAUACUGUGAUAGUGGGAACCUGCAUUAUUGACAUGUAUUGCAAAUGCGGGAAAGUUGAAAUGGCAAGGAAGGUAUUUAAUUGUAUGAGAGAGAAGAAUGUUAGGUCAUGGACUGCCCUGAUUGCUGGUUAUGGAAUGCAUGGCCGUGCCAAAGAAGCUUUGGAGGUCUUCUACAAGAUGAUAAGUGAUAGGGUCACACCAAAUUACAUAACUUUCGUGUCAGUUCUUGCAGCUUGUAGCCAUGCAGGUCUGCUACAAGAGGGUUGGGAUUGUUUUAAUGCAAUGAAAGAAGAAUUCAAAGUAGAACCUGGGCUGGAACAUUAUAGUUGCAUGGUUGAUCUUCUCGGACGAGCUGGACAUCUCAACCAUGCGUACAACUUGAUCAAGCAAAUGAAGGUAACACCUGAUUUUGUAAUCUGGGGCUCACUUCUCUCGGCUUGUAGGAUUCACAAGAAUGUGGAGCUUGCAGAGAUUUCUGCCAAUAAGUUGUUUGAAUUAGACUCGAAUAAUUGCGGGUAUUAUGUCUUACUUUCUAACAUAUACGCUGAUGCUGGAAGGUGGGAAGACGUCGAGAGAAUGAGAAUUCUUAUGAAGGAUCGUGGGUUGGUUAAACAUCCUGGUUUCAGUUUGGUUGAACUGAAAGGAAGGAUACAUGUUUUCUUGGUUGGAGAUAAAGAGCAUCCUCAACAUAAGAAAAUAUACGAGUAUCUGGAAGAUCUAUAUGUGAAGCUGCAAGGAGUUGGUUAUACACCCAAGUUGACAUCAGUUCUCUAUGAUGUUGAUGAGGAAGAGAAAGGAUUGACAUUGCGGGUUCAUAGUGAGAAGUUGGCGGUUGUGUUUGCAAUUAUGAAUACGGUUCCUGGUGCAACAAUCCAUGUUAUUAAGAAUCUUAGGAUUUGUGGGGACUGUCAUACCUUCAUUAAGUUGAUUUCAAAGAUUGUUGACCGGGAAAUUGUUGUAAGAGAUUCAAAACGAUUCCAUCAUUUCAAAGAUGGAUUCUGUUCCUGUGGAGAUUAUUGGUGACAUAUAUACAUCUUUGACAUGGAUUGACAAGGUGUUGAUGAGGGCUGUCUAAAGGAUUUGGGAUGUAAGAAAUUUGAGUCCAAAGUGUGAAAAGAGAGCCGACUGUUGAGAUGCUCCAUUCCAUCCUAAGGAGUGAUAUGAAGGGAUGCAUGCAUUAGUACCUUCUAACAGUACAGAUUGAGCAGAGUUAGAUGGUUGAUGGAUGAAUUGUGAGAGAAGAGUAGGUAUUUUAUUUUCAGAUACAUAUAGCUAAACAAAUACAAUUCGAUUCUAAUUCCAAAAUAAGAAGAAACCAAGCAUCUGCCGGCAGUAGGUAAUAAUAAAAAAUCAUCAUUCUUUGGAGUUAAAGCUAUGUCAUGAUUUGUACUGUUACAUUAAUGCUCAACUAACAAUUUCUUUUAAGUGAAGUGGUAAGAUAA